AUGGCGACAGCCCUGGCAAGAAUCGCUCGAAAAUCCCUAACCACCACCACAGCUCUCUCACUUAACCGUCACUUUGCGACGGAGACAGCAGCGGCUGCGACAGCUUCGUCAAAAUCGAUAACGCCAUCAGCAGAUCGAGUGAAAUGGGACUAUCGAGGACAGAGACAAAUAAUUCCGUUAGGUCAAUGGCUACCAAAAAUAGCUGUGGAUGCAUACGUGGCACCAAAUGUUGUACUAGCGGGUCAAGUUACUGUUUAUGAUGGAGCAUCCGUUUGGAAUGGAGCUGUAUUACGUGGCGAUCUUAAUAAGAUCACCGUCGGCUUUUGCUCUAAUGUUCAAGAACGGUGCGUCGUUCAUGCUGCCUGGAACUCUCCUACAGAAUUUCGUGAUUUGAUUGUUGAAUUCGAGGCUAUAUCAGUGCUUGGUAUUCUAUUAGCAGCCUGUCAUCAAAAGUAUUGUAAUGUGGAUAUGUAUAAUGAAAAUGAUGUUUGCAAUGACAUAAAUUUGACAAAGUCAUUGCUUUAUGCUCUUCAUCUACUUUAUUUUGGCUGGCUGUCGUUAAGCAGAAGAUUAGGACUGCCGGCAGAGACAUCUAUUGAAAGGUAUGUUACCAUUGGUGCAUACAGUCUCUUGCGGUCUUGCACAGUUGAGCCAGAGUGCAUCAUUGGACAGCAUUCUAUCCUCAUGGAAGGAUCUUUGUUGGAGACACACUCUAUCCUUGAAGCUGGGUCUGUGGUUCCCCCGGGAAGAAGAAUUCCAACUGGUGAACUUUGGGCUGGAAAUCCAGCAAGGUUUGUCAGGACUCUGACCCAUGAAGAGACUCUAGAAAUCCCUAAACUAGCUGUUGCAAUUAAUGAUCUCAGCAAAACCCAUUUCUCAGAGUUCCUUCCAUACUCCACAGUAUAUUUAGAGGUUGAGAAGUUGAAGAAGAAGUUGGGAAUUAAUGUUUGA